AUGCGUUCUCCUUUAACCACCGGGACUUUCUUCCUAUCCUGCCUUGGAUACAGUGUGGCUGCUCCGACUGUGCCUACUAUUCCCCAUCACUUAUUCACCCGCGAUACCCAUUUCAACAGUAGUCUUCCAAACAUCACCAUCUUCGCUACUGGAGGAACCAUUGCUGGCUCGGCUGCCUCUAAUACUGCGACCACGGGAUACACUGCCGGUGCUCUGGGCGUCGAUAUCCUGAUUGACGCUGUACCUGAGCUCUGGAACAUUUCAAAUGUCAAAGGUGUUCAGGUCGCCAAUGUCGAUUCGGGAUCCAUCACCCCCGAGAUCCUCCUGAACUUGACAUCGAUGAUCCAAAAAGCUCUAGACGAUCCCUACUGCCAGGGAGCGGUUGUCACCCACGGAACCGAUACUUUGGAGGAGUCGGCAUUUUUCCUGGACCAGACAAUCAAAUCCGACAAGCCUGUCGUCGUGGUGGGCGCCAUGCGGCCAGCAACAGCUAUCAGUGCGGACGGACCCAUGAAUCUCCUGGAAGCGGUUACACUUGCGGGAACCCCCGAGGCACGUGGGCGUGGUACCAUGGUUGUGUUGAACGAUCGCAUCGGAAGCGCCUUCUACAUGACAAAGACACACUCAAAUGCCCUUGACACUUUCAAGGCAUACGAGCAGGGCUACCUGGGGUACUUCCUGGAUGUGAAGCCACUGUUCUACUAUCCCGCAGUCUUGCCCGUUGGCCAUGCGUACUUCAACGUCUCUGGGGCAACUGAAUUGCCUGAAGUCGAUAUUCUUUUCGGACAUCAGGCCCUCAACCCGAAGCUGGCUCGCUCUGCGGUAGAAAGUGGAGCGAAGGGCCUCGUGUUGGCGGGCAUGGGUGCUGGUGGCUGGACAUCGGCGGGAACAGAUGAAAUUGAGAAAUUGGUCAGGGAACACGGUACACAGGUGGUGGUCUCAAGCAGGACGAUGGGAGGCUUUGUCCAGGAGGAUGGAUCUGGUAACAUGUACGGUGGACAAGACUUGAACCCUCAAAAGGCUCGGAUCAUGUUGCAGCUUGCUCUGUCUGCGGGAUAUGAUUCUAAGAAGCUUGCGGCUUUGUUCAGCUUUGCGUCUUGA